AUGGGGCAUGGGGAGCGGGUGUUGGCUGAGCGCAGGGUGAAAGCUGUGAAUGCAUCUCUUAAGGUGAACAUUGUUUGCUCUGGAUAUCUCUUUGAGGGGAGCAGCUGACUGCUUUAUGAUGCUAUGAAGAAUAUGCUAUGAAGAAUAUGCUAUGAAGAACCCUUGGGAAAGUGUUCUUAUUGAUGCUCUAUCGAUAAGCUACUUAUCUAGACUUCCAAAAGACUACUAUUAUCGUAUUACUUGUGAUCCUUUGAAAAGGGCCUUAAACUUUGUUAAGCUCUUCUUCUCUCCGUAGAAUUAUGCAAGCAGUAUUCAUUAACUUUGUAAACUCCUACCUCUCACUAUCAUCAGUGGAGGCAGCAGCAAGAGUCCUUGAGUAAGCUUCUAUUUGUGCCAUUCUCUCAUGUCUACAUAAAGUAGCCACAGUCAGGCUGUGGUGAUGCCAGCUGCGGCCUGGCAAAACCAUCGUGUGGGUCAGAGAUGGGCAAUUUGUCUUAGAAACACCGCGCUCUGGAAGAGUGCAUCCAGUGGGAUGAGCUGUGUGAGGUCAGUGCCUGCUUUUAACAAAGCUGUCUGCGGGGUCCCACGCUGCUCAGUGUGUACCUGGUGGGCCAGGUUCUGGCUCUGGGUACAGAGACCAACAAAACCUUGGUUUUGAUAGGCUUUCACUGAAGAGCAUAACCUGAACGCAUACCUGUCUUACAUCCUGCUCUUUUGUGAGGCCUAGAGCUCAGGGGAGAGCCAUGCGCUGGGGGAUGCUGGCCGUGGCUGCUGCCUGGAGGCCUGUGUGGGGGCAUGUGUCCCCCUGUGCUGAGCCAUCUCGCUGCACAGUGUCCUUCUGUGGGGAGCAGAGAUCUCCUCUUUGCCUUGGGUCUUUGCUAAGCGCAGGAAACCUGGGUGCUGUACAGGGCUGAUUUCACAGGAGCCACUUAAGUACACAAACCAAGGAAUGGAAAGGAGUUGUCUUUUCUAUUUGCAUUUUCCCCCCCAUUUGAGACACAUAUUCAGGUGAGGUACUUAGCUGAGAAAAGGGAAAGUUCAGAGAACUCUCCUGGGAUUGCAUUUCUUGUGCCCGGUCACUGUAGAGCAUUCCAAGUAUCUGCUGGUUGCCCCAGUUGGUGAAGGAGAGGCAAGGCUGCUUCUCCUGUCUGUGGGCAGUGCUUUCCCUCCAGACUGAUUAGUUCCUCUCACGAGUUGAAGACCUCCAGGUGAACGCAUGGCAGUAGGGGGAUAAAUGGAAGCUGAGUAUGGGAUAGCAGGGAGCCUGGAUCCAAACCACCAAACCGGUGACUAUAUCAUGGCUACGGGGCCAACAGAUGUCAUACAGUCACCUGAACCAGGGGAGACAGCCGAAGAGUACACAGGAAAGAAAAAAUCCAGAUUUCAGACUUUCAAGAACUUCUUUGCCAAGAAGAAAAGGAAAGAACCUCCACCUCCCAGAGGGGAGAGUAACUUAAAACCUAGCCAGUCCAUCAGGGACGUCAGCAUCUAUGUGCUCGAUGCUAACCCACUUCAUUCGCCGAAGGAGGCUGGGCCCAAAGGAAACAUGGGAAACAAAGCCUUGUCGCAUGACAGUGUCUUCAUUUUUGAGUCCGUAUCAGGAAGUGCAGCAGGUGACACGUCAUCUCAGGAAUGCAUACCUGGAAGAGUGAAAACUUUGCAGCUUCAGCUGCAGCGAAACAUCAGGCUUGGAUCUCCUCCACUUGUUAUCACUGGAAAGAAAACGGAAGAUGCCGGCACAGUUUCGGAGGAUGAUGGAUUGCCCAGAAGCCCUCCUGACAUUUCAACCCUUCAUGAAGUUCUGACCGAUUCACCAAGCAAGUCCUCCAACCCUGUUCAACGUCAUAGCUCUUUGAGUUUAGGCGGGACAGACAGUGAAGAUGAACAGAUACCUUCUGGAGAUUCCUCCAGGCCCAUCAGUCCUUCAGCCUCUGCUGCUCCAGGGGCUGCAGGCUCACGGGGCAGCAGCUCCCUUCCCAUUGACUUCACCAUCCCUGCCAGCCCCCUGGGCUGCCUGGACACCUCUGCUGCCCGGCACCGCAUUGCCAUCAACCCCCGGAGACAGAAGGGCUUUACCAGCAAGAGCCAGCAAAGCCAGGUGGAACACAUAGAAAAAGAAGCAUGCCUUUAUGAAACUCCUGAAAAGAAGGGAAAUCCAACAGAAUUACUUGAAAGUGACCAGCAUAAAAGUGAUUGGGAAGGCUUAUCAGCCCAUGUGGAGCAUGGUGAAAAGGGAGGUGGUUCUAAGGAGACACCAAGUGUAAAAUGUCCUGCUGAUGCUUACCCUGACUCCUACAGUUCCACACUUAUGGCAGAAGACUCUUGUACUCUGCUGCAAGAAGAUGCAUGCCUUCCAGAUGUGGACCAUCACUGUAAUGCAGCCACAUCUCUUCUGAGACCUGAGUCUCCUCCAGUGAGCCUGGGGGAACAGCACAGUGCUGCAGUGCCACAGUGUUCAGGUGAGACUUCUGGGGAACUGAAUUUACAUCAGCAAAAUACCGAUAUGGAAGCAUCUGCACUUCCAAAAUCUCAACAAACUGAAGCAGGAGCUGUUGUGCUUCCAGGUGUACUAGCAGCUAACUUGUUUAGCAGUGGCACUGAAACGGAGAGUAUAACUGCAUUGGCAUAUGUUGCACAAAACUCCCCAGCAAAAUCUGUGGACCAAAAUGUCAAAGACCAGGAAAAGGUGGGUACACUAUUGAUUGGCAAAGUAGAAGCUUCUCUGGGUAUUAAUGAGAGCUGCUCCAACCAGUCUGUCUUAAAUACCGCUCUGAGCACUUCACAGGUUGCUGUAGCUGAUUCAGAGUGUUCUGACGUCAAGACAGUGGAUGUUUUGAAGUCUGACAACAGCUCAGUGACAAGAAAUGACAGUGAAACUUGUGAAAAAACAGAAUUUCAGCCAUCCAAAGGCAGUGCAGGAAAAAAACCAGACACUGCUGCGUCUGUGUUAGAAGCAGGUUGCAUGCUACCUCCCAGCAAAUUGGAACGAUGCCUUAAAGCAGCAAUACCUUGUCCUGUUUCAAAGGAUAACCAUGUCAGUCAGCAAACCUGCACAUCACAUGCUUCUGAAAAGCUUUCCAUUGAAAGUCUGGCCUCUUCAAGUUUGGCUGGACUGACAUGUAAUGUCUCUUCUAACGAUGACUGUAAGUACCAAGUAAGCAGUGCAGCUUCUCACAGGAAACCAGAGAAAGACAGUCAGUCCUCAGAAGAAAAUAUACAAAGUCUGCUAAAGACUGCUGCUGCGAAGCCAGUUAGGUUUACCAUUGCACCUGCAUGGCAAAGAUCUCUCUCGGGGGGGUCAAAUUCAAAGGAAGAUUCCUAUAUGAGAAGUUCCCCAACCUCCCCUGUAAGACCAGAGUUAUUUGAAGGAAUAACAAAACAACAUGCAGUCAUCCAGGAUUCCAUGAAAAAUAACUCCAACAGAUUUGAUCGAGAUUGUAGGGACGGUGAUUUGCAUUUGAAUUCUUCUCUGGAGUGGGCUGACCAUGAAGCAAAAAGUGUUGAAAAUCCUUUUGGGGUCAAAUUAAGGAGGACAUCUUCUUUACUGAAGUACCAGAGUGAAAGCCGUGCUGAGUCUCCAAAGCUGCUUCCCUCAGCUGCUUCCACUGCUUCUGCUGCAGUCAAGGAGGAUCAGAAGCCAGCGAGCAUUGGGAAGCCAUCUCCCAGCCUUCCUGUCAGCACAACAUCAUUUUUAAAACAAGCCGAUUUAGAAGACAAAAGUCCUGCCAAGACAAGAUCAGAAGAAGGGACAAAGAAGCAAAAUAGUACUAAACCUUCAGAAAAAGUAUUCUCUCUACAUUUGGAAACUGCUUCCUCUGAGCCGGCUUGGAUCUCCGUGGCAAAACUAAAACAAAAGGGUUUCCAGGACCACCCUCUUGCCAAAGAACAGAAGGCUGAAGAGCAAACCUCGAGCAAAGAUGAUCGAGAGGAGCAAGUCAUCUGUGGUAGUGAGAACAUACAGAAGAACAUGCCUUCUAGCUUGAGGACUCAGGAGAAGAAACCACAAAUGAAGACCAGUGUGUGUGCUGCAGCAGGUAAAGUUGGACCUAUUGCUCAGGAAGCAUCUGUGAUUCCUGCUGUUGAAAAGGAAACAAGACACUCUUCUAACCUGCCAAUGACACCAUGCAGUCCUGCUGAACCACCCUGGCUAUCCCUGGCCAAGAAGAAAGCCAAAGCAUGGAGUGAAAUGCCCCAGAUUGUACAAUAGCAAAUGAUGUGGACAUCCUUCUUUGUACCGUCAAUAGCUGCAUUAACUCCAUUUAAAUCCUUCUUCACUGUGAUCAUUUUUCCAAGAAAUUAGAGCCUUAGAACUUUUGUUCAAACUGCUGUAUGUGAACAUACAGUGAAGAAAUGCCACCUGGGGCUCAAUUUUGAAGUAUUAGCAAGCAGAGCAUUUUGUACUACCAAGUACUAGGAAAACUUGAUCUUUAUGUCAUACACUUACGUAUUUGACUAAAAGACACUGAUGUUCUAAGAAGACAUGCUUCAGGCUUUUGAAAUGUUUCCCUUGCUAAAUAUGUUUUUAAAGUUUCCAUGAACAAUGUAGUGUUUUGUGCAAUGUGUUUUUGGCUAAGGAAUUAAUGUGUGCUACAAAAUAGAUAUGAUGCUGUAUACUGAUGCAUCACUGUGACUCAUGGGCAUUGAUGUCAUCACACUUGUGUGUAAUGGCCCUCUUUUGCUUCUGAUUGCUAAUGGACCUAUUUUGUGAUAGCUGCAGGAUCCAAACAGCAGCACUGUGAGUUGGAGUCAUUUUGCCUUUUGGAUAAUUUGAAAUCACAAUGCUGCAGGUCUUGUGCUUUGCUCAGUGAUGCCAGGUUGGAAUGACCCAGAGGCACAUGCCUCCUUUUCUCUCCCACAUCCUAGAAAACCAUCAUGCUCUAGCAUCCACUCUGUUUUUGGUUGUCUGUUUGGAAAUCUGGAAUAAUCUACCAAAAAAAACCCACAAACCAAACCCUCAAAAAACUUCUUCCUUUAACUAUGGCAAAGAGUGGUUUCUUUUUUGUGAGAUUCAUCAACAGACCCUCUCUCUUAAAGAGUGGCAGCGGAUGGAAACUUGUUGCUACCUGGAAAUUCACAGCAUGUGUUCAACAAAGGCCACUCCAUUUUCCACGUUCUUGUGUGAUAAAGGAGCUGCUUUCCCCAGUGAGUCAUCCACCCUUAAUUGGUAACCCAACAUCAGACUAAAAAUGCCAUCAUUGAAGGGAGCAGGCUAUUGAAAGAAAAGCUCUAUAAAAUGAUGUUAGUGGCUUAAAAGCCAAUGGCACCCAGUGGUCCUUUUUGUCUUUUCUUGCAGGAUUGCACAUUUAAAUUCUUGUUUACAGUCAGUGCAAACUUUGAAGGCCGACUUGGCUGAUGGGCAGUUUUUAGUUGGAAAGGUGGCAGGUAUUUUUGAGGAAAAAAAGUUAGGACUAAUUGCAAAACAAAAAAUAGGUAUCACAUAGGAAGAUUUCAGUCUUCCAGUCUUGGCCUAAAUCUAAAUAUAUAGAUCACAAUAAUUGAAAACAGUAUUAAUUAAGAGCUAGAUUGUGGACUCUUCUAGAUAGGUGAAAACUUACUCAAGUAGGCACACUGAAGCUAUAGAUUCUGUUUGUUUCGUACUGACACAAAAAAGACUAAGAGUUUCACUGCUGGUUUGUUAAUCCAGGCCUAUUUUACUACUUGUUUUCUUUCUCUUAACAGCAAUUUCUUCUUUUGAAAAAAUCUGAAGUAUCUGUAUUCCUCUGAAGCUUUUGAGUGUAACAUAAAUGGACAUACUCAGCUUUGAUUUCUGAAGUUCUGUCCAGCUGCCACCCCAUCAGACUCUUACACUGACCCCAUGUAAAAUACAUGUAUUGCCUUAUUCAGCAAACUCUUCUCUUUCGGUUAGUGGGAAUUGGGGUCCUUUCCCUAAAGUACUGCAAAUGUUACUAGAAUCUCUGCCCUGUUUUUGCUUUUGAUCUUGUUUCCAUUAUGUUUGGUAUGUACAGAUGCUUUUGUAAUCCUUGUCUUGAAGGAACCCCUUUUGUAUUCCAUUCUCAUUUUUAUUUUACUAUUAAAUGUGGUUGUCAGUGGUGACGAUGCAAUUUCUUGGAAACAGUGAGCAAUAGAUGGCCCUUGUUUGGAAAGGAAGGAAAGGAAACUAUAAGGAAAAAAUUAAAAAGAGGUACUUGCUUAAUAUGUA